GAAGAAAGAGAUGGAUGAGUUUGAAUUUUUUUUUUUUUUAUAGAUUUGGGAAGUGAUUUUUAUGAAUUUUUGUUCUUUUGUUUUUGAUCUUUUAUGGUGGCUGUUUGAUGAUUGGUGAAGGUGAUGAGAGUAAUGAUCGGCAAAGAUGGUGGGAAGAUGGAAAUUCAAGGGGGGCUGGAGAGAAGCUGGGAGAAGAAUUUUUUCUUUUUUUGGUUGCUUGGGGAUUGAUGAGGGUGAUGGUGAUAAGAGUGAUGAUCGAUGAUGAUGGGAUGAUGAAGAUCGGAGUCUAAAGGGGGGGGAGGCUUGCGGCUAGUUUUUUUUGCCGAACCCAACUUUGGGUUCCACAGAGCUGGGUUCGUGAGGAACCCAGUUUGUACCUUUCUUUCGCCUUUCUUUUCUGUGAUUGUUUCUGGUUAUGAUAGAAUAAUAAGAUGACGAUUUGAUUAUUUGAUUGGUUCUCAACGUUUCUUGCAAAUGAAUUAAAAGAUUAUUCUUUUU